UGUUUUUUAGAAAAAUUCUCGACUGAUCUGUAGAAUUUGGUUUAUAUUCUGGUGUGGUUAUUUGCCGUCGAACGUACGGAAACAAGUAAAACAUGGCUGAAAGUGGAGAAAACUUUGGCCACGUUCUCGUGUUAAUGUUCCUUCUGAUUGGAGUGUGGGACGUGUUUCAAAAUGUUGAAACAAAUAAAUGUGAGAUGACUUAUAUGUGGGAGUUACCUGAAUAUUACAAGAUUCCCAUGCAAGGCAACGUAUCGAAACAAUUUUCUUCAUACUCGUUGUAUAUAUAUGGGGAGGGAGCGUACAUGAAAGAAGCUAUGAAGUUGAAACUGGAUGGGAUCCCAGUAUUGUUUAUUCCUGGACAUGGUGGCAGCCAUCAACAGGCACGGUCUCUUGGCUCUGUUUUACUUCGAAAGGCAAUGUCAGGUGGAUUCAACAAUCAUUUCAACGUAUUUACUGCUGAUUUGGGGGAAGAGCUCACUGCAUUUUAUGGGGGAAACUUGGGACAUCAAACUAAGUAUAUUGGACAUUGCAUCAAAAGGAUCUUGUCUCUGUACGAAUAUGCUAAACAUAAACCAACCUCUGUUAUUUUGGUGGGACACUCAAUGGGUGGGGUAAUAGCAAGGGGAGUGUUUGCAAUUCCAGAUUUUAAUCAAAAUCAAGUGAAAACAAUAAUAAUGCUUGCGUCGCCAGUCCUUGCGCCUGUGUUGAAUGUGGAUAGGUACAUGUCUCAAUAUUAUGCUAAGACAAACCAAUACUGGCUUGAACACAUUAGCAAGCUGAGGGAUGUGAAUACUAUAUCUAUUGGAGGGGGACCAAGAGAUUUUCAGGUUUCAUCUGGCCUUACAAGACUUUCAUCCAACCAGAGUAAUUACCUGUCGACUAUAACUACUGCUGUGCCACGUGUUCAUCUUUCCACAGACCAUCAGUGUAUUGUGUGGUGUAAACAACUAGUGAUGGCCACUGUUAGAUAUUUAUUUGAUAUCACUGAUCCAAAGUCUCAUCAAGUGGUUGUUGAUGUACAGCAAAGGGUACGAGCCAUGGAAUAUCAUUUUAAAAAGCACCCAGGGUAUGGUUCAGUGGCAAACAGAGACAGCCCACAAAAGUUUAAGCCUUCCUCUGCUUAUACAUGGAAACCUGUGUCUGAUUUCUUAUGGUCAUUAAAUAAAGAAGAAGCUGGCAGUGGAAGCUAUUUUACAUUUGAUAUCACUCAUUUUGUCAAACAAUUUACAUAUCAUUUAGUAGCAAGAACCGAUUCUGUGAGAGAGAAAUGGGUUCUUGCUUGCAAGCAAGCGGUGAACGAGAAAUGUGUUGAAGCAACUGAUCUAUCUUAUUCAUCAACUGGGAUGAUGAGAUACAGGAUAAUCCAUUUGGACUUGCGUGUAUUGGAGGAGCAAGGUUUUACUUAUGUUGUAUUUCCUGCUUCAAAAGUAAAAGAAGGGAAAGUACUUGGUGUCAACAUACUUUCCGAUCAUGAAAUCUCAUCAGAGGUUGGUGUCCCACAUGUGUUCUCAAACCUGUGGACAUUUGGUGCUGGGUACAAACAUUCUAUUGCUAUGCAUGGGGCAGAGAAUCGCUUCUAUUAUAAAACCGUGCUAAAAGACUUUCAAGCGAUUUACCAAGUUUUCAAGCUAGAUUUCCCCAAGGGUGCAGUUUUGAAAACAGAGAUUCCAUGGGACAAGGGACAAGAAGAUAUUCAGAAAACUUCAAUAGUGGUAAAGCUACGUAAUACUCCUCAUGAUUUGGAAGAUAAUGUUGUAGUUCAUAUUUAUAUGGACACACCGGGUCCUGUGGAUUUACAAAUUAAAGUUCAAUAUUUUGAAGUUCUAGGCCAAAUUGUGAGGUACUUUUAUAUGAUGCUGCCUGUGUUUGUACUGUGCAAUGUAAUGUUUACGUACUGCUACCAAGUGAAUCAGAUGCAGCUAGGAAAGCCAUGUCAUUCAUUAUAUGAUGCUCAUUCAAUCAGUUCCAAACCAUACAAGGUUCAGCCCUUUAUCAGUCUUUUGAAACUUUUCUUUGGUUAUCAAUGGUUCAAGUUACUGUGGUACAAUGUCGGACUUCCUACACCCGAUUCAAUCAUAUUGGAAACAGAUCACAGAAUGUGGUUUACUAUGGCUCCCCUUAUUUUGUUUCUAUACGGCUUUGAACUAUUUUCUAUAACUAGGGUGAUGCAAGUCUAUGCAAUUAAACUUUUAGGCAAAAUAUUUGGAGGAUUUGACAACCUUCUUACAGGACCAAAAUAUCUGUAUCUUAUAUUCCAUUCAGUAGUAUUAUCUUUGUUACUUCAAGUCAACAGUUCGUUUGCAUUGCUUUACAUUCUGUUGGCAUACUACGGCAAACUAAUGCUAUUAUACAAUGUUGCUGAUAUGGAUAAGUUAAACAAUACUCCAUAUAUAAAAGAAGAUACAACAGAUAAAGGUGAAUUAGAACCAAUGCCAAGAAAAACUGGUUCUAAAGAUGAAGUAUCGCAAUCUGAGGAAUCUUUCGAUAACGACGCAAAAUGUGAGAAUAAAGACCAAGAUAAAAAAGACAAAAUAUCGGAACCAGCAGAGUCUUCUGAUGAUGGAGAAGAGGAUGCAGAUAAAGCACAGAAACAGGACGGCAAAAAUAAAGCAGCCAAAGAUGUGUCUUCUGAUAAAGAAGAAGAACAUGGUACAAAUGAAGAGUUGGAGAAAGUAACGAAAUCAACAGAGUCAUCUAAUGAUAAAGUAGAAGAUAAAGCUGAUGAUGGAAAAGAUAAAGAUGUUGCAAAUACUGAUGCGAAUAAGGUGAAAGGAAAGAAGGAGCCGAAACCAACACGUUUGACUGAAGAUGAAUUCUCUGUUAACUUUAUAGUUGUUCAGUUGUAUUUGUGGUUGUUCAUAUUCACUCUGCCAUCUUUUGCAGGGUUUAUACAAAACUACAGGUUAAAUCUACCAUUCUCAGACCCUUGGAAGAUACAAAGUGCUAUAGGGUCAAUGCUGUUCUUGCUGACUAAUGUCCAUGGAACAUACGAUGGGAUUAUGGCAUCUAACUUAAAGCAAAGCUCAAAAUUUCUGCUCCCAAUCGUUGUGCUUAUGGCAGUUACCUCAAUAUUUUCCCUGUACAGGGCACCAUGGUUUAUUCUAUGUUUCCUAGGAUUUCAUGCAAUGUCACAACAUUUUUGAUUCUUGCAACAUCAGAAAAAAAAGUUGCAAUAUCACAAAACACCUGUCGAAGUUUGGAACUGUAGCCUGUUCCAAAAUGUUAUACGCCCAAAAUAAGUAAUUUUGCAUUCAUGAUAAAAUUAUAACCUAGUUUUUAUAUAGAUUGUAGAGAUUACAAUUUUCAUACCUGUUUUUUUUAACAGUUCAAUUUCAAUAUAAACUUUUUGAAGCAUAUAUCUACACUAUAUUGUUUUAUGUAAUUGUUCAAUAAAAUGUUGGGAUGCAAACUA